AUGACUUAAAGUCAGUGAACUGUUAUAGAUGCAGUUUAGAGUUUAUCCUGGAUCUUCAGAAAAGCUUGUAUUUCUAAAGUACUGCAGUCUCCGAGGGGUUGAGUAAUUUUGAUUGCAACUGUAGGUUAUAAUUGUGGAAAAUUAAAACUGCAAAAAUUAAAAAUAGCAUUUGUUGUAGUUUGAGUUCACCAGUAUAGAACUUUAACCAGCUUUACUGUGAAAAGAGUCAAUUCAGGUCAAAAAUCCUUUAGUGCAUCUUUUUAUUUUCUUCAUUCUAGAACAUGUACUUUUGUGACAAUCUGUGUUAUGAGGAAGAAUAACAUGUUUUCUAAUAGACUUUCAGACUGCAGUAUCACUGAAGAAGGUUAUAAAGCUCUGUCUUCAGCUCUGAGAUCAAACCCUUCACACCUGAUAGAGCUGGAUCUCACAGGAAAUGAUCCUGGAGAAUCAGGAGUGAAGCAGCUCAGUGAUUUACUACAGGAUCCAAACUAUCAACUCAAGACACUGAGGUUUUUGGGUCCUGCUGCAGAUGAAGGCUGUCAGUAUGUGACUGGAAUUGUGGGUAAAAACCCGUUACUCCUGAGAGAGCUGGAUCUGAGUGGACAUAAACUAGGAGACACAGGAGUGAAUCAGAUCUCUGCUCUACUGCAGGAUAAACACUGUACACUCAACACACUGAAUCUGUGUGGAUGCAGUAUUACAGAGAAACAGUGUCUCAUCCUGACUUCAGCUCUGAAAUCAAACCCAUCACACCUGAGAAAACUAAACCUGAGCGGGAAUGAGCUACUAGGAGACUCUGGAGUGAAACACCUCAGUGAUCUACUGAUGAACACACAAUUCAAGCUGGAGAAACUACAUCUGUGUGGAUGCAGUAUUACAGAGAAACAGUGUCUCAUCCUGACUUCAGCUCUGAAAUCAAACCCAUCACACCUGAGAGAACUGGACCUGAGCUGUAAUGAACUACUAGGAGACUCUGGAGUGAAACACCUCAGUGAUCUACUGAUGAACACACAAUUCAAGCUGGAGAAACUAGAUCUGUGUGGAUGCAGAUUUACAGAGAAACAGUGUCUCAUCCUGACUUCAGCUCUGAAAUCAAACCCAUCACACCUGAGAGAACUGAACCUGGGCUGGAAUCAAAUAAAAAACACAGGACUGAAUCACUUAUGUGACGUACUGAAGGAUUCACGCUGUAAACUGGAGAGAUUGAGUCUUUAUUACUGUGACAUUACAGAUGUUUCUUCUUUAACUCAGUCUUUGACGAACACAAAAGCUCUGCAGUUUCUAAAAGAGCUUGAUCUGAGAUAUAAUAAGAUUGGAGACUCAAAGCAGAAGCUCAUUGAUGUGCUACGAGACUCAAACUGUAAACUGAGUCUCUGAUAGCGAUCCAUCACCGAAAGUCCCAUCAAUCACAAGAAAUACCUCAUUGAGUUCAAUCACCGAAAGCUGAUAAAUGCUGUAUCUCAUAAAGUGAUGUGUUCUUGAGAGGAGCAGUAAACAUCAGCUGAAGAUCCACAGAAGAGCUUCACUACAGUGUCUAUGAGGAGAAAUAAAUGUGUGAUAAAUGUGUAAAUGUGAUCCAUACAGGUGAAGAGACUGAGACUUUACAAUCAAAUAAUGCAGCAUGUGUGUUAGAAACAUGAUAUUGAAUGAUUAAUAUUGCUUUAGUAUUCAAGCAGAUGAUCAUUGUGUUUAAUGUAAAGCUGGAACAGAGGAGGAAGAAGCUCAGAUGAGUCUGUCUGGCUCUUCAGUUUAAUAAUAUUUCUAUUAAACUCAUUCAUAAUGAUUCAAAUGUUUAAAUGUGAUUGUCAAGUGCAGCUCUUAAAUGUGUCAAAAGAUAUAAAGCAAAUCUACAAUGUGUGAAACUUCUCAUGUUUUCGACACAUUAUUAUUCUAUUUUACUUUAUAUUUAGUUGUGUGUCUGUUGUUAAUGUACAUGUAUCCAGUAUAUAGUCUUUGUUCUGUGGAUGGAGUCUCUCCUUCAUCAAAUCAACUAAACAUUUUCACAAGUUAA